AUGAACAUGUCAGAUGCUGAUUUUCUUGAAGUAUUAAGAAUGUUUAAUACAUUUCUUGUACUUAUAGAAAAUCCAAGUAUCAGUGAAAAAACAAAUAUAGAGAAUGUUGUCAAAGCUUUUCAAUGCGCUCAGUUUAUCGAGGUCACAAUUGCCAAAGCGUACGAAGUGGGCAAAGAAAAUGUUCUUGAUAAUAAUCUUCAUAAUCAUUGGUUGAGGGAGGGUAGAUCAAAUUUAUAUAAGUGUUCCGAGUUGAAAAAAGCUUGCGAUAAAUUAUUAGAAGUCUAUUUGAAAGACAGUACGGUAUCAAACGAUAUUGUGGAUGAACUUUUAAAAUUGUACAUUCAACAUUGCGGCAAUGAUAGACUUAAUGAUUUUCUUAGACAAGUAUUAAUCAAUGGAAUAUGCACAAAUAUAAUUAUAAAAUCUUUAGAACAAUUAGGCAUCUGUGUUUCGGAUAUGCAAGAUGAAGCUUUAAUUAUGUCUUGGGAGUCCUUAAUUAAGAAUGGUAAUGAGUGUGAGGUUUCGGAAUAUAUUCAUAAAAUGUUUAAUGAUGGUUUUCAUUUAAAACUAGUUCAAUUUGCUGUUAAUUUACACCAUAACAGCAAAAGCAAAGAAUUAAUAGUUCAGAUAUUAUUAAACAAACUCGUUCAAAAUGAUGCAAAUGUUUGCUUAGCUCUCUCAAAUGUAAAACGAAAGUUGCUGUGGAAAUUGAUGCAGAGAUAUUCAGAGCUUUAUAUGAAUUUUCUUGAUAGUGUAUUUUAUUUCGCACGUCAUAUGAAACAAAUUAAAGAUCAGUGGAUAUCAAAUUGCGAAUUUCAGUAUGAGCAUCUUGUCAAUGUAGUAGAAAUAUUAUUGAAUGGUCCUACAGAAAUUUCAGAAAUAAUGUACAACAGAAUGAGUUUAGUAAAAACACUGUCCAAUGGUACAAUAUGGCAUAAAAUUGAAAAAGAUAUUGGAUGACUUAGUGUGCCAGAUAAUACACCUUUCACUGCUGUAUUGAAAUUUGCUGCUGAAGAAUUUAAAGUAUCUCCAGCAACAUCUGCCAUAAUCACAGAUGAUGGAAUAGGUAUUAAUCCACAACAAACAGCAGGUCAGUUUAACAUAUUAUAAAAUAAUGCUAUAAAUUUUCAAAUAUAAUGAUUAUGAUUUAAUUUCAGGGAACGUUUUUCUUAAACAUGGAUCCGAACUCAGAUUAAUUCCUAGAGAUAGAGUUGGAUACGCUAGAUGA